CACGCUAAAAUGAGUUGGGAAAGCCAUUUGAUUGUACUCCAGUUAAAACGAAAGAAUUGCAAUGCUCAGGUAAACCGCUAUAGAGCUGGUGCCGCUAUAGCGUUAGAACCGGUGAAUGUGGUUUACAGGUUUCAAAGAAAGAGAAUGAUGUGCGCCAAAUGAGUCGCUGUAGAAACCGAAUACUUCAAUGGUUGCGGAUGAAAGAGCUCAAAUCGAGACUCGACGCAAACACCGUGACAUGUGAAAUAAACGUCCUCGUGUAUUAAAGAAGAGUGGCCUGAUUAAGUGCUGGAAAUAGCGGAUGAUGGGCACAGAACGGUGGGAUUUUUGAACAAAUGGAUGGACCCGUGGCACUCGUCAGCUCCGAGGAACUGGCCUUUAAAUUUGCAGUUAAUAAUAUCAACAGAAACAGGACAUUAUUGCCCAACACAACGUUAACGUACGACAUUCAGAGGAUUAAUAUCUAUGAUAGCUUUGAGGCCUCCAGAAAAGCGUGCGACCAGCUGUCUUUAGGUGUAGUUGCCAUAUUUGGGCCGUCUCACAGCUCCUCAUCGAAUGCUGUACAGUCUAUCUGCAAUGCCCUGGAGGUGCCACACAUUCAAGUGCGAUGGAAACACCACCCGAUGGACAAUAGGGAUACAUUUUAUGCCAACCUGUACCCGGAUUACUCUUCUCUCAGCUACGCUAUCUUAGACCUGGUGCAGUUCCUCAAGUGGAAGACAGCUACCGUGGUUUACGAUGACAGCACAGGUUUAAUCAGACUCCAGGAGUUAAUUAUGGCUCCAUCCAGGUAUAACAUCAGGCUGAAGAUCCGACAGCUCCCUCUGGACACCACGGACACCAGACCUCUGCUCAAAGAGAUGAAAAGGAGCAGAGAGUUUCGCAUUAUCUUCGACUGCAGCCAUAUAAUGGCUGCCCAGAUCCUCAAACAAGCCCAGAUGAUGGGGAUGAUGACAGAGUACUAUCACUACAUCUUCACCACUCUGGAUCUCAUGGCCAUAAACCUGGAGCCGUAUCGCUUCUGCGGUGUCAAUAUGACCGGCUUCCGCAUCCUAAAUGUGGACAAUCCUCAGGUUGCCUCCAUUGUGGAGAAGUGGUCCCUUGAGAGGCAGAUUCCCCCAAAACCAGACUCCGGUCUCCUGGAAGGGGUCAUGACGACAGAUGCUGCUCUGACGUACGACGCAGUCCACAUCGUGUCGGUUUCUUACCAGCAUGCGCCGCAGAUGACUGUCAACUCAUUGCAGUGUCAUCGCCACAAACCCUGGAGGUUCGGAGGACGCUUCAUGAGUUUCAUUAAAGAGUCUCACUGGGAUGGCCUGACGGGACGGCUGUGCUUCAACAGAACUACAGGUCUGCGCACCGACUUUGAUCUUGACAUUGUGAGUCUUAAGGAGGAUGGCCUUCAAAAGGUGGGGAAGUGGAGUGCAUCUGGGGGGCUGAACAUCACUGAGGUCCCCAGGCAGAACGGCAUGAACAUCACCGACUCGCUUUCCAACCGCUCGCUGGUCAUCACCACCAUCCUGGAGGAGCCAUACGUCAUGCUUAAGAAGUCUGACAAGGCACUCGUCGGCAAUGACCGCUUUGAGGGCUUCUGUAUUGACCUGCUUAAGGAGUUGGCCAGCAUCCUGGGUUUUUCCUACGAGAUCCACCUGGUGUCGGAUGGAAGGUAUGGGUUUCAAGAUGACAAAGGCCAGUGGAAUGGGAUGAUAAAGGAACUCAUGGAACACAGGGCUGACCUUGCUGUGGCUCCUCUCACAAUCACCUUUAUGCGAGAGAAAGCUAUCGACUUCUCCAAACCUUUCUUGAACACUGGCAUCAGUAUUCUGUACCGCAGACCCAACAGCACCAACUCUGGCUUCUUCUCUUUCCUGAACCCCAUGACCCCUGAUAUCUGGGUCUACAUCCUGUUGGCCUACCUGGGAGUCAGCUGUGUACUCUUCGUCAUCGCCAGGUUCAGCCCGUACGAGUGGUAUGACGCCCAUCCAUGUAACCCAGGCUCCGAUGUGGUAGAAAACAACUUCACCCUUCUCAACAGCUUCUGGUUUGGCGUGGGCUCCCUCAUGCAGCAAGGUUCAGAACUGAUGCCUAAAGCUCUCUCUACUCGAAUCAUCGGAGGAAUCUGGUGGUUUUUCACCCUCAUCAUCAUCUCCUCCUACACAGCGAAUCUGGCCGCUUUUCUCACUGUAGAGAGGAUGGAUUCGCCUGUGGACUCAGCCGAUGACCUGGCCAAACAGACCAAAAUAGAGUACGGCGUAGUCAAAGAUGGAGCAACCAUGUCCUUCUUUAAGAAAUCAAGAGUGUCUACAUUUGAGAAGAUGUGGGCUUUCAUGAGUAGCAGGCAGAGUACGUCGUUUGUCAAGUCCAUUGAAGAUGGGAUUCAGAGAGUGUUAAAGUCAGACUACGCCCUUCUAAUGGAGUCAACGACCAUUGAGUAUGUGACACGAAGAAACUGCAAUCUCACGCAAGUCGGCGGCAUCAUCGACAGCAAAGGUUACGGCAUCGGCACCCCAAAAGGCUCGCCAUUCAGGGAUAAAAUCACAAUUGCCAUCCUAGGUAUCCUGGAAGAUGGCCGUCUUCACAUGCUCAAAGAGAAGUGGUGGAGUGGCAGUAGCUGUCUGGAAGACGAGCGUUAUGAAACGGGUCCCAUGGGCAUCCAGAAUCUGGGCGGCAUCUUCAUUGUGUUGGCAUCUGGUCUGGUGCUGUCAGUGUUUGUGGCUAUAGGAGAGUUCAUCUACAAGCUGCGAAAAAAUGCAGAGCGUGAACAGGUCUUUCUGCAGUGCGGUGAUGGAAGAGAUCAAACUGUCGUUCACGUGCGAGAGACGGGUGAAACACAAGCUCCGCCGCCAGCCGCCAGCCAUGGUGAAGACGGACGCAGUGAUCAACAUGCACUCCUUCAACGACCGUCGCCUGCCAGGAAAGGACAACAUGAGCUGCAACACCGCGAUGACGCCCGUGUUUCCAUGACUUGCCUGGGCGACGGCCACCUGAGGCACGUCCCCGGCGCCGUGCCGGAGAGCAGGGACUAUGGCUCCGAGAUGAUUACGGCAUUCACCAUCAACCGCAGAGACAUCCGACACCAAAUGGCCAGUCAGAACGGUGGCAGUAGCAGCAAACCAGGUAGUGACCACAUCCUCAAACCAAUGUAUCCCACCAUGCCAUUGCGAGAAGGAGGCCGAUCGGUAUCCUUCCUGUGAGAGCGAGCCACAUCUGCGAAACUAUCCGCGCCCGAGUCUGAUGUUUACAAAUGGCACUCAAAAGCGAAGCUCACGAUCUGACUCGAAGGAGCCCCCCGAUCAAACUAAAAUAUAUGUUUCUCAUUGGAACAACGUGAAAAUGUGGAAAAGAGGCUUUUUUUGAGCAUGGCAAUAAAUGAAACUACAAACAGAUGCGAAUGGAAGUAGUUUUCUUAGCGUAUAAUUUAUAGCACAUCAAGUUCAUUUAGAAGAGUUCUGACGAUUUAUCUUUUGAUUUCGUCAAAAUGCUGCGCCGUUUUGGUGGGGACGCAACAAAAAAAGUGCCCUCUCUAUGAAUGCGAUGUACAUUAGAGGUUAGAGUCGGACCGUAGGAGCAGUUUAGCUUAUUACGCUGUACCGCAGCAGCCAGUCUGACCUGUUAGAAUAGUAGAAAACCCUUAGACUGCAAGUUCCCGAAGGCUACGGAGAGUAGCGGCAUCCUACGCUCACAGAAAUGCACAAACAAACAGGGUUGAUUUCAUUCGAGCCACCUAAACAAAUUGAAAAUCGAGUAACAAUUUUGUACGGCAGUUUUGAGCAAGACUUGCAGCCAUUUUGAUUUAUUCGUGCUUCAUACAUUGCCAGCAGAUGUUUUUUACACAGCGAGAUCUAAUGGUAAUGACGGAUAAACACAACAGUUGCCAAAGAUCUGUCGUCCAAAUGGAUUUAGACACUUGAAACGCAGCUUCCCCUACAGACAAGAGAGCGAGUGACAUGUUGCCUCCGCUUUGUUUGUUAAAUGAGUUAUUCCUGAGAAUCACAGCCCUCAUAUCAAGAAUACUCGCUUCACAUGGUACAUACAGAGGAUUCGACACAAACACAGAGUUUGCCGUAUGGUGGAGAGCUAAUACAAAGGAAACUAAACCGUUUUAAUACGUACAUGAGUGAGAAUGUCUCUCGCCGUGUAUCUGUUCGACAAGUCAGUUAUGAUUACAGUGGCUUUUUCCAUCUGCAUCUGUGUGAGACCUUUCAGUGUCAGCUUGUUUGAAGUACAGAAUUUGUAAGUGGUGUGGCCUUCGUCAGAACAUUAAAUUAGAAAACAUCUGGAUAUUUUUUUUUUUUGAUUAUUAUUCUAUCUUUCAUUCUUGCUGUCAUUCUUUUUUCUUUUUUUAAUCUUACA